CAGCUCCAAGGAAACAGUCUUUCCCAUUUGCAAAGCAUUUAAACUUUAAGUUAUUUAUUAAAAAUAUUCAAGUUUAAAAUAAUGUACGGAAAAUUUAUAAUUUUUACGGUUGUCUUGGCAUUUAUGGCCCUGCAAUUAGUUCAAGCUAAAGACUCUACUCAUUCAUCAACACACUCAACAAAACAAAAUGUUACCCAGUGCUAUAGCUGUGAUAGCCCCAGCUCUUGUCGUAGUCCUCAAAAACUAACCUGUGAUCAAAAGAUGGCCAAUGCUACAAUCCUGCAACUGGCAAAACACUUUUCAAAUGUUGUAAAUGUUGCAAGCACUCAAUUUGUAUGUUUGAAAACUAGCUAUUCUCACAAUAACAUAAGCAUUAUUGACAUUAGAGGCUGCCUUAAUGUGGGUGUUAAUGCCUGCGGUUUGCGUCCUUUAAAUACUACUUUGAAAACGAAUAAAUGUAAAACUUGCCUAACGAAUUUGUGCAAUCCAGCUGGAACUUUCUCUUCCAGCUCUGCUGCCAUUAUAUUGUCUUCAGUAUUGAGUUUAGUGUUGUUGAAAUAUGCUCAUUUUUAAGUUUAACAAUUAAUAAAGAUUUUUGAAAUUUGCAAAA